AUGUGGGGUCCGCAUUGCCGUCGCCGUCCUCUUGCUCCUCCUGCGCCGCCGUCGCCUUCCACUCACUCCACCGCUGCCACCGCAAAUGUCCGCUCCCUGCACGGCGCCAACUUCCUGGUGUCCAGGCACCUGAAGCGCCGCCUGGGCGCGCCCGCCCGCUCGGGGCCCUCGGCGUCGUCCGCGUCGAGCAGCUCCUGCGUGUCCAUGGCCGACUCGGCGGAGUCGGCCGCCGCGCUCGCGCCUGCGCCGGCGCGGAAGCGGCGGGCGCGCGCGGAGGCGGUGCUUGAAGGGUGGGCCGCGCGGAUGGGCUUCGCGUGCAAGGGAGGAGAGGCCGCGCUGCUCCGGCGGCUGGAGGCCACGGCGCACGUGCCAGCGAGGCUGGUGCUCACCGUGGCGUCGUGGAUGGCGCGCGCGGCGAGCCACCGGGCGCCGCCGCCGCCGUUCGCCGAGGCCGACGACGAGGAGGGCUGGGCCGAGUGCUCCUGACCAACCGCGCGCCGGUGAAGGAGCGAGAAGGGGAGAGGGUAGAGAGAGACAGGGUAGGAGAGAAGAAAGAGAAGAGGGGUGGCCCACUA